AUGCUAUUCCCGACUCCUUUCACGCUGCGCAGAUCCGCAGUAAGCAUCUCAAGGAGAUGUCACAGCUACCGCCGUGGCUUGCUCACCUUAGCGAUCGAAACGUCAUGUGACGACACGUCGGUAGCCAUCGUCGAGAAAACAAAGAAAGCAGCAGGAGACGCGGCCAAGAUUCACUUCUUGGAGAAUAUCACUGCUGACACCCGCGCGCAUCGAGGCAUCCAUCCUAUCAUUGCCCUCGAAUCGCAUCAACAACAUCUUGCACACCUUGUACAGAAAGCGAUCAAAUACCUACCGGAGUCAAAGACUGGUGAUGGGAUCAAGCUAGCAGAUGGGUCGCGUCGCCGCAUACCCAAUUUCAUAUCUGCUACGAGAGGCCCUGGAAUGCGGUCUAAUCUAUCUGUCGGUCUAGAUACUGGGAAGGCAUUAUCUGUCGCAUGGCAAGUUCCCAUGGUUGGUGUGCACCAUAUGCAAGCACAUUUAUUAACGCCUCGACUUGUUUCAUGCAUGGAGAAUGCGAAUGAGAUUGAGACCAGCACCGAAAUACAACGUACAGCGCCAAUACCAACAUCAACACCAGCCAUGGCGCCGGAAUUCCCCUUUCUAUCUAUCCUUGUGUCCGGAGGCCAUACGAUCCUGGUCCACUCCACCGGACUCACGGAGCAUAAAAUCAUCGCAAUAAGCGAGGAUAUAGCUAUAGGAGAGGCGCUGGACAAAUCAGCACGAGACAUCCUCCCCGCAGAGCUAUUACAAGAAUCAAAAAGCACCAUGUACGGCAAAACGCUAGAGAAAUUCGUUUUCCCAAACGGACAAGCCGAUUUUAGCGAUUACAGAGCCCCCGAAACCCGCGGCCAAGAAUUACCGACUCGCCAAAACAAAUGGGGGUGGUAUAUCACCACGCCAUUCGCGAAUACGCGUACUCUCCAGUUCAGCUUUUCUUCAGUGUCAAGUAUGGUUGGAAAGAUCAUCCAGAAGAAAAAAGAUAGCGAGAUGUCUGCUGAAGAACGGGUUGAUCUCGGCCGGGAGACUAUGCGCGUUGCUUUUGAGCAUCUUGCUUCGCGGACCGUCAUUGCUCUUGAGAUGCUGAGGCCGCGUGGGACCUCUGACAGGGAUCAGGUCAAGACGCUUGUCGUCAGUGGAGGCGUUGCGGCGAAUCGAUUCCUAAUGGGAGUUCUUCGGUCGUUUUUGGAUGUGCGUGGUUUUCAGGAUAUUCAGGUUGUUGCGCCGCCUGUUCAAUUGUGUACUGAUAAUGCGGCUAUGAUUGGGUGGGCUGGGAUUGAGAUGUUCGAGGCUGGAUGGCGUUCUGAUUUAAGUGGUCGUCCUGUCAGGAAGUGGUCUCUUGAUCCGCAAGCUGAGGAUGGAGGUAUUCUCGGUCCUGCUGGUUGGUACCAGGUUUGA